AUGGAGCUGGUUUGUGUGGAGGACUUUGAGAAAAGGGCUAGCAGUCAACUGGAGAAGAAUGCCUUGGAUUAUUACAAAAGCGGUGCAGGAGAACAGUUUACGCUUGGACUAAAUCGCGAGGCUUUUAAAAGGUUGCGUCUGCGUCCACGUUUUCUUCGCGAUGUUUCACAGCUAGAUCUGGGCUGUAAGAUCCUUGGACACCAGCUUAAAUGGCCGCUGGGCAUUGCCCCAACCGCAAUGCAGAAGAUGGCCCAUCCAGAUGGUGAAAUCGGUAAUGCGCGGGCCGCGGGCAAAGCUGGUUCCAUAUUCAUUUUGAGCACACUUUCCACCACAUCACUGGAGGACUUGUCGGCUGGGGCGCCGGAUACCUGCAAAUGGUUUCAGCUCUAUAUCUACAAAGAACGCUCACUUACCGAGAAGCUAGUUCGGCGCGCCGAAAAGGCAAACUUCAAGGCCCUGGUUCUGACUGUUGAUGCUCCUGUUUUUGGGCACCGGCGUUCCGAUGUGCGCAACAAAUUCAGUCUGCCGCCGCACUUGAGCCUGGCCAACUUUCAGGGCGAGCAGGCGAACGGUGUGGUCACAAUGGGUGGCUCUGGCAUUAACGAGUACGUGGCCAGCCAAUUCGAUGCCAGCAUCACCUGGAAUGACAUCAAUUGGCUGAAGCAGCUGACCCACCUGCCCAUCAUUGCCAAGGGCGUGCUAACCGCAGAAGAUGCUGUUUUGGCGCGUGAAUUUGGCUGCGCUGGAGUAAUUGUCUCCAAUCAUGGCGCCCGCCAAAUCGACACGGUGCCAGCCUCAAUUGAGGCCCUGCCCGAGGUGGUGAAAGCUGUCGGCAACGAUCUGCUUGUCAUGUUAGACGGCGGCAUUAUGCAAGGAAAUGACAUUUUCAAGGCAUUGGCAUUGGGCGCCAAAACCGUUUUUAUUGGCCGUCCGGCAGUCUAUGGCCUGGCCUAUAAUGGACAACGCGGCGUCGAGCAAUUGCUGAGUGUAUUACGAAAAGAUUUUGAAAUCACUAUGAAAUUGACCGGCUGUCAAUCAUUGGCUGACAUUCAGUCGGUUAUGGUGGUGCACGAGUCCUUCUAUUCAAAACUAUAAUAUAAUACCUAUCAACAAAAUACAUUUGAAAUAAACUUAUCAUCUACGAUUCUA